GCACUGGAUUGAUCUAUGAUGGUGGAAUGCAAGAAGUACAUGUUCUACCAUCAGCAAACAGUUGACCCCCACCUCUGCUAGCAACUGGCGAUGGACUAGGUCCUACUGAUGUUGGCUAUCUUGCCUCCUGGUUGCUUGACUCCAGGAUCACAGAACAAUGACAAAAGACAAUUUCUGCUGGAGCGACUGCUGGAUGCAGUGAAACAGUGCCAGAUCCGCUUUGGAGGGAGAAAGGAGAUUGCCUCGGAUUCCGACAGCAGGGUCACCUGUCUGUGUGCCCAGUUUGAAGCCGUCCUGCAGCAUGGCUUGAAGAGGAGUCGAGGAUUGGCACUCACAGCGGCAGCGAUCAAGCAGGCAGCGGGCUUUGCCAGCAAAACCGAAACAGAGCCCGUGUUCUGGUACUACGUGAAGGAGGUCCUCAACAAGCACGAGCUGCAGCGCUUCUACUCCCUGCGCCACAUCGCCUCAGACGUGGGCCGGGGCCGCGCCUGGCUGCGCUGUGCCCUCAACGAACACUCCCUGGAGCGCUACCUGCACAUGCUCCUGGCCGACCGCUGCAGGCUGAGCACUUUUUAUGAAGACUGGUCUUUUGUGAUGGAUGAAGAAAGGUCCAGUAUGCUUCCUACCAUGGCAGCAGGUCUGAACUCCAUACUCUUUGCGAUUAACAUCGACAACAAGGAUUUGAACGGGCAGAGUAAGUUUGCUCCCACCGUUUCAGACCUCUUAAAGGAGUCAACGCAGAACAUGACCUCCUUGCUGAAGGAGUCCACGCAAGGAGUGAGCAGCCUGUUCAGGGAGAUCACAGCCUCCUCUGCCGUCUCCAUCCUCAUCAAACCUGAACAGGAGACCGACCCCUUGCCUGUCGUGUCCAGAAAUGUCAGUGCUGAUGCCAAAAGCAAAAAGGAGCGGAAGAAGAAAAAGAAAGUGACCAACAUAAUCUCAUUUGAUGAUGAGGAAGAUGAGCAGAACUCUGGGGACGUGUUUAAAAAGACACCUGGGGCAGGGGAGAGCUCAGAGGACAACUCCGACCGCUCCUCUGUCAAUAUUAUGUCCGCCUUUGAAAGCCCCUUCGGGCCUAACUCCAAUGGAAGUCAGAGCAGCAACUCAUGGAAAAUUGAUUCCCUGUCUUUGAACGGGGAGUUUGGGUACCAGAAGCUUGAUGUGAAAAGCAUCGAUGAUGAAGAUGUGGAUGAAAACGAAGAUGACGUGUAUGGAAACUCAUCAGGAAGGAAGCACAGGGGCCACUCAGAGUCACCCGAGAAGCCACUGGAAGGGAACACCUGCCUCUCCCAGAUGAACAGCUGGGCUCCGCUGAAGGUGCUGCACAAUGACUCCGACAUCCUCUUCCCUGUCAGUGGCGUGGGCUCCUACAGCCCAGCAGAUGCCCCCCUCGGAAGCCUGGAGAACGGAACAGGACCAGAGGACCACGUUCUCCCGGACCCUGGACUUCGGUACAGCGUGGAAGCCAGCUCUCCAGGCCACGGAAGUCCUCUGAGCAGCCUGUUACCUUCUGCCUCAGUGCCAGAGUCCAUGACAAUUAGUGAACUGCGCCAGGCCAUUGUGGCCAUGAUGAACAGGAAGGAUGAGCUGGAGGAGGAGAACAGAUCACUGCGAAACCUGCUCGACGGUGAGAUGGAGCACUCAGCCGCGCUCCGGCAAGAGGUGGACACCUUGAAAAGGAAGGUGGCUGAACAGGAGGAGCGGCAGGGCAUGAAGGUCCAGGCGCUGGCCAGAGAGAACGAGGUGCUCAAAGUCCAGCUGAAGAAAUAUGUAGGAGCUGUCCAGAUGCUGAAAAGAGAAGGUCAAACAGCUGAAGUGCCAAAUCUUUGGAGUGUUGAUGGAGAAGUUACAGUAGCUGAACAGAAGCCGGGAGAAAUUGCUGAAGAACUCGCAAGCUCCUACGAAAGAAAGCUCAUCGAGGUGGCGGAGAUGCACGGCGAGCUGAUCGAGUUCAACGAACGCCUGCACAGGGCCCUGGUAGCCAAGGAAGCCCUCGUAUCCCAGAUGAGGCAGGAGCUCAUCGAUCUCCGGGGACCGGUGCCCGGAGAUUUGAGUCAAACGUCCGAAGACCAGAGUUUGUCGGAUUUUGAAAUAUCAAACCGGGCGCUGAUCAACGUCUGGAUCCCCUCAGUGUUUCUCCGGGGCAAAGCAGCAAAUGCAUUCCACGUGUAUCAGGUGUACAUCCGGAUAAAAGACGAUGAAUGGAAUAUUUAUCGCCGGUAUACAGAGUUCAGGAGUUUGCACCACAAGUUACAAAACAAGUACCCUCAAGUGAGGGCCUACAACUUCCCACCCAAAAAGGCCAUUGGAAACAAGGAUGCCAAGUUUGUGGAGGAACGGAGAAAGCAGCUCCAGAAUUACCUGCGCAGCGUCAUGAACAAAGUCAUCCAGAUGGUCCCCGAGUUCGCCGCCAGCCCCAAGAAGGAGACCCUCAUCCAGCUGAUGCCCUUCUUCGUCGACAUCACCCCGCCCGGAGAGCCUGUGAACAACAGCCGGCCCAAAGCAGCUUCCCGCUUCCCCAAACUGUCCCGGGGUCAGCCCCGGGAGACCCGCAACGUGGAGCCCCAGAGCGGCGACCUCUGACCUCGACAGAACCCCAGCCACGGGCCCUAUGCGUCGCGCCAGCUGCCUCCACCCCAGCCACUGCCCUGUCAUCUCAGUGUGACAACCACGUCCACCUGGUGACCCUGAGAGCACACGAUUCCCAACAGUUACGCAACACCCCGAUUAAACUAAUCAGUCUUCGAGCCGCAUGGUCCCGUGACCCGGGAGAGCAAGGCAGCACCUCACUGGAGAGACUGGGACACACAGUCCUUCUGCUUCUGGGGUCUGCCCUGGGCUGCAAGGGCUGUUCCUUCACCUUCCUGUAGUUCAGGGCUGGCAGGAGGGUGGGCACCAGGUCAGGCUGGGUGCCCCAUGGUUGAGAUGCAAAGGUGAUCCCCUAUAUAGGAAGGUUCAUGCAGAGCCAGCCUCUCCACUCUUUCCCACAUGGGAACUAGAAUGACUAUGAGCCUCUCCUUUUGCUUUUUAAGGUUAUUACCUGGCCUAACCUAGGGAUGGCUGGCUUUGAGGGGGGAGGUGGGGGCCUGGUUCCUUUCAUUGCAUUUUCCACCAACAGUCAUUAGACACCUGGCACUGUCACAGCUCACUUUUCCAGAGGGAUAUUCCUGUGGCCUUGGCAAGGAGCCAUUGGUGAUGUGCAACUUGAGUUCAGAGAACUUCCCCCACCUCCCCCAUGGCUGGCUUCACGAAGGACCAGUGCCCUCCGUAGCCUGAGGCCACCUAGGCCCUCGCCAGGCUUGGAGUGGGGGGACUCAGACAUCUGGCCCAGCCAUCAGCAGCAACCUAGUAACCCGGCGUCAUCCUGCAUGUCCAAAGUAGGAUUGGCCCUACGGUCAUGAGACUUGGGUCAGGGAACCACUGCAGAAGGUUCCAUGGUUUUCAAACCAGGCUCCAUGUCUAUGAAGUUGGACCCAGUGUGGACACUGAACAGAUCAUGUCUCUCUCCACUAAAAACAUUUUCCAUCCCGUCUGCCCCCCACAUUGUCCUUGAUAACAGAACUCUGCAUCCCCUGAGACAGAGUCCUCUGUUCCUCCUAUGUCAGGGUGGCUCUCAGAGUACAGGGGCCUUGGCAGGUGGAGAGGAGGAUGGGGACCAGCAGCUGGGCAACCCCCAGGGCUCCUCCUCCAGUGAGCUCACAUCAGAGCACCUCACAGGGCAAGAGCCGUCCUCAGAUGCUCAGCAAAGUUGAGGCAGUUUGCAUUUCUAGGGUAAACUAACUAGGAAGGAUGUCGUGAAGUUUGUGUGUUCCGCCUUAAUCUGAGGCAGAGACACAGCAGAACCUGAGGACAAAAGCAGGUGGAAGGUGACGGUUCGAUGGCAAGCCAUGGGCUUGUCCUGGAACUGCUUCAACUCAGUGGCUUAAAAUGUGAACUGCCCAGGUGAGCAUGGAGCAUCUCCUAGGCUCGAGGACAUCUCUGGAGAAUCAUCUGGAAGGUUUAUACUGUGCCUUCCCCUCGUAGCAACAAGGAAGAUUGUUCGUGGCCUUUAAGGAAGGCUGAGAUCACUCACACACAGCACCCCCCCGCCCCCCCCCCAGAGAAACCGAGGCAGCCUACAUGACUUCCAAGGGGACCUGGGGCCAGGUAAGCCCUGCCCCUGUGAGACCAAAUGAGCCGGAGCAUGUAUGGAGGUGCGGACCCUGCAGUCAGUUUGCGAGUGUGGAGGACCGGAGACAUCCUGUAAAGGCAACUUGGUCUCCCUCCCACUCACCUGCCAACAUUGCUGCAAUACACAUGCUUUAUCUGAAAUUCCAGGGCCAGAGUGCACAUCAGCUCACGUAACUGGCAACUCUAAAUAGAGAGCCCUAACGGACUGAGGCAGGGAACGUCUAAAAGCUCAAUCUGCUUUAUCUCAUGACCCCUCAGGUUGGGUUUAUGCCACAUCGGUCAUUUUAAAGUAGGUGUUUGAUGCCAGUUCAGAGACUGUCUCAGGAGUGCCUCCCUGGCCCAGGCACCUACCCUGGAGGUCAUCUCCCUGUUCUCUGUUGGAUAAAGGAACCUCCCCCUAUCUGUGACAUUCCUCUGGGCCCACGCUUAUGACCUGCACCUUUUCUGACACCUGCCCCCGAAGCACAGGAUGUGAAUUGGGUCUUGCUCUCUCCAGAUACCCCACCAGGAAGCACCUUGGACAUUCUGCACAUGGUAACAAUGCAACAGAGUCCCCCAUUGCUGAGAGGUACUAACCCGUGAGAAACAAGUAUGCUCUCAGCUGGUAUUGAACCGGUGGGAGAAACUGCCUCCCACUUUUAUAAUGCUGAAUUAUUCACAAAAAAACCUCGUCUGCUCUCCAAAAUGAGGAGAGCAUGUUCCUAGGAGCCACAUGGGGACCAUCCCCAGAUGCCUGCUCCUGGUACCUCUCCCAUGAUCAUGCACAGACUGUAGAGUCAAGUCAUAAUCUCUCAGAUCCAGACCAUCUCCUCUCAUUCUCACUCAAAAAAUGCUGGUGGCCGGCACAUGACAGCAACUCCCCGAAGCCUUCCCUUUGGAAUCCCAUAGAAUGUUCUGCAAUGAUUGGGUCCAUCUUGCUGCUCAGAGGAACCACGUCCUGCUCUCUAGUGUGGUGGGAUGAACUUCAGGCAACAAACAACUGGCAGGGUUCCCAGUUCCUGGAGUAAUGGGGCAGAAACACCCAGGCCUAGCAGAAUUGUGGCUGGAACCUGGUGCCCAAAUUCCACACCCUGGAAAUGUGUCAUCUGCCCGUCAGCCUGGAUUCAAUUCUGAGGGCUGGCUAAGCCACGACCUUAUCCAUGAGUGGCGAAGACACCCCUGAGGAAAGGAUUGCUUGCACCUCACAUCUGUCUUCUUCCAAGAUUACUCGGAGGUUUUCAAAGUCAACAUCUGAGAACAGAAGCCCCCUCCCCUACUCAGAGAGGAACAAGGGUGGCCCACCUCUCAAGGGCCUUGGAUUCCUGGGACCACCCUUUGCUGGGAGGAAGAAUCCACACCGAAUCCUCCUCUCUUCAUGGCCUGCUGUGCUGAAACAACACCAGGUUCCAUCUUUCACAUCUUUUUUUUUUCUCCCCCAGAUGAAAGACGACUCAGGAACGGUAGGGCUGGGCAGAGGUGUCUCUCCUUGAGAGAGAGACUACAAAAGCUUCUAAGGGAGGGAGUUUAAAGGCUGCUAGAAACCUAGCCCAACCAUCCACUCCUGAUCUGAGACAGAACCUUCUCAGCCACUCUUCCUGCAAUCAGUGUGAAAUUCCAGCUUCUUUGAUUCCCACUUAGCAGUAUGCUCCAAUCACGUUGCUGGCAAGGCAUUUUAGAGUAUGGAGCUGGGGUUCAAAGCCCCCUGCAUUUCUCUACUGGCAGGCCCUGGUGGAGGAAGACACUUUCAGGGAAGAGGCUCUUACAGUCUACGGUGGUCGCCAUCUUCACAUCCAGUCACCAGUUGCAUCUAGGGAGCUGCUGGCUAUAAAAGGGAUCAUCCAGUGGAGUUGUAAACGAGGGUACCAUCUUGCAAGAUCUAGGAAGAGGAAGGGGAGGGAUGUGGACUGGGUCUGAUCACAGCCCUUGGCCCUGCUUCAUACUUUGGAGCUUAUUAAGAUCAAUUUUGAUAACCAUGUAAUUUCUUAGAACCAUGGCAGGCAGUAUUGUGCUUUAAAAACCAGAGGCUCCUGAAAAUCGUUUACACCAGGUGGAUUGAUAGCAUGGCUAUAGCUGAUGCAACUAACAAGCACUGGGGCCAGUGAUCACAAUCCGGGGUUGGAAACAGGAGUGAAGCCCACCAGCCUGCCUGGUUGAUGGACAGCAGGCUCUGCCUUCUGGAGGCGGCUUAUAUCCUAACAGCCUGAGGCAGGGCUCUGUGGCCCAGGCCAGCAGUGGCUGCCUCUCUUGGUUCUGCAUGGGACAUUUUGCCAACCCUGAGGACCAGUUCUUGGGGUUCCAGGCCUCGGCCUUCCUGCUCCACGUGCUCAAGCCCCCAUGGGGCUGCGACACCAUCUGGCUCCUCACAGGGAGGUCCAGCCAUGUUCUCUGGGCUCCCAGUGAGCUCCCUCCCCUCCGUCUACCCCCAGAAUCCAUCCUUCAUUCCUCCACCAAGCUCCUGUGUGAGCUGCAGCGCCCACACGGGGGAAGCCCUGCACUCCAGCAGCAUCUUCCAGCCUUGGCACAGAACUGAUGGCAAAGGAAGGGCUGGGUUUUCAGCUCCUGGGACUUGAGGAAGACCCCACACCUCACUCCUCCUUCCCCAGUACAUCAGACUGGUUAGGAGGCAUCCCGGAAGGAGCAGCCUCAUGCCCAGGUUUCAGCCCUAAAGGUAAUGAUUGUCUUGACUCUGCCUUGGCAUUUCGCUCGGAAUCACGGCAGACGUGGAGUGUUUCUUCAAGGCAGGCAUCUGCUUAUGAGCAAGGUCCAUCAUAAACAUUUUUCAAAAUAUUGUGCAUUAAUUCAUUAAAGCUACUGUUAAAUAUUUGCUGUUUUUAGAUUGGCUUCCGUGCUAAUUUUGCAGUUGUAGCACUGUAUAUUUUAUCUCAUUUCUGUGCCAAAAAAGUUCAUCUUCAUGUUUUUCUAAUACACAAUCUUGAUUAUGUUUCCAAAAUAAAGCUUCAGCUCCUUGGUCAAUAGGAGUAAGGGUGUAGCCAUCCAGGGUCUCCAGGCUGUAGGCAGACCCGAUCCUGCGGUUCAUCCUAUGGUUGUUGAAAUGUACCUCGAUCAGUCAUCUCCGGUAUUCCUCACUCUAGCCACGAGCCAUUGCCAUCUUAUGGGCCCGAUUUGGAUACUCUGAAUUAUGUCAUGGAGUAGACAGUUACUUCUAAAUCCCAGCAACCAAGUUGCGUAUCCUUCCUUACAGCUAGUUUCUACAGAGAAGUGAAAAAGAAAUCUGGCUUCCUUAAUAAGAUAGUUGAGCCUAUGACAUUAAGGAGCAGCCCUGCUGGCAGAAGAUUCUAGAUUCACUGGUGGUUUAAGGCCCAGGGAUUUAGUUCUUACUGGUGCAUAAAUGUUUUCCCAUCCUAACCGGAAAACCACUCACCCAGGCUUCCCCCACUUCCCCUCAAGUUUUCUCAGCUCUGCCGCUGGUCUCCAUGAACGGCAAGGGGAACCACCACUCAUUCACUGUCAGUGUAGGAAAGACAGAGGAUGCCCUUGCAAAAAUUGGGACUGAGGACAGAAGCACACACAAUGGUGGAUCGUACAUUUGCACCCAGAGCUACUAAACGCUCAGUGACCCCAGAGACCAUUAAUUUCCCAGAGUGAAGGGGAUGGGGGUAGAGCUAAUUGGAAUUUUUAUUAUCCAGGACUCAUCCUAAGAAGAAUGUUGGCCUCUCUUCAUCCCUGGCUUAGCCGUCAGGUAGAACGCUUACUCACCUGACACCGACUUCUUAGAGAAGCAAGUCUUUUUUGAAUGGAGGAGCGAUGGUAACCCCACUAGGGGGCGCCCAUGAUCGGCUCCCAGUGAGCCCUCUUAGGGGUAAGCAGGCCGCAUAUCUAGAGUCUGAUAGUCUGUGUGUACAUAAGGUCUAGAAGUCUGUGGAAAUGCCCUGAAACCUGUAGUAUUAUCUUAACUACCCUCUUAUGUUAAGGUUUACAUAAUAGGAUUUUUAAACAAAUUUAAUUUUUUAAGAUCUCUUGUAUUAAAAUUUUCUUUUGGAAUAAGCUGUGGAAAUUUUGUUACAACCUGGUUGAGAUAAACCUCUUUACAAUGACAAAAAUUGUGACAUUUUAUAAAUUAGAUACUUCAGUG